GCCAACGCUGGGCUGAAGCUGGAGACCCGGCAGCAGCCUGCAAGCGAGCGAGCGAUCGGCGGGCGGCGGAGUGGGCGACUGCGGCCUACAGCUCGCCGCUGCGUCGGGGUCUCGCAGCUCAGACGCCGCUGAGGGCCUGCGCUGUAGCUCCUUCCAGGCCAGGUUCCGAAGACGGCGCCUCCCCGAGCGCAGGAACCAGGUCGAUUGCGUCUAGUGGUCCCAGGGCUCCGGAAAGUUUCGAUGAGCCUAUCCCAACACUUAGAAAUGGGGUUCUGCAACCUGGGAGUCCAGGAGAGUCGCCUUUAGGGCUCCUGGUCGCCGGCUUCUGCGUUUUCUUCCUCUCCAACGUUUUGGAUCCCCUUCCAGUUUCACAUUCACUACCACCCGAGGUGCCAUGGCCCCCAAGCCUUGGAGUGAGUGGAGCACGACCCUGUCCCACCUGGCACUGGGAGUGGUGUCUCUGCAUGCAGCCGUGCGCACUGCCCAGGCAAGUCGAGGGGCCGCUGCUGGCUUCCUGCUCCAGGCCAUGGCCUCUGCCACCAUGCUGGCCCCAGGGCUGGGCACAGAUGAAGACUGUCUUGCUGGAGCCUGGGUGGCCACUGUCAUUGGCCUGCCCCUUCUGGCCUUCGAUUUCCACUGGGUGAAUGGGGACCGCUCCUCUGCCAACCUGCUCCUGGGAGGAGGGAUGGUGCUAGCAGUGGCUGGUGACCACCUUGGUGCUGAGGGCCGCUCUGUGGCUAGUCAGGCAGUGGUGCUGGUGGUUGCAGUAACCAUCCUCAUUGUGGCCGUUUUCACAGCCAACACUUACGGAAUGUGGGGGGGUGCAAUGUUGGGUGCUGCAGGCCUCCUGAGCCGGCUAGAGGAAGAGAGACUGCUGCUGCUACCAAAGGAGGACGUCUGUCGCUGGGCCCUGGCUGCAGGCAGUUGGGCCUACCACCAAGCCCUGCACACACAGCGCCUGCAGUGGGAGUGAUGUUUGGAGACAGCAAGGUGGGGCUUCUGCCCUGGCUACACGUCCCACUCCCACAGGCCUGCUCCUGUGGGCCUCUUCCCCUAGGAUGGACUCCCUUGCCUCCCAAAGAGAGCUUGCUGCAGGGUGAUGGAUGCCUUGGUCAGGAUGCUCAGGUCCCUGAGUCUGGGCACUGUCCCUCUGGCUGAGUGUGGGCACUCGCCUAGACCAGAAUGAAGGAGAUGGGGCCCCAGGCACAUGUUGGGGCCUGAUGCUGGUCGGGCUGUGGUUUUGGGUCCAGAGAGAGGCUUGGUCUCCAAUAAACCUUAGGGAU